AUGGCCUCCGCCUUACAAAUUCAGGGGGAUGAAUCGGUUCUAUUGAGUGUAACUCAUUCCAAUCUCAAGAGCUUCUCUGCUUAUGUUCGUUUCUCACUUCAGAUGACAGUAGAAGCUGUAAAAGAGAAGCUUUGGAAAAAAUGUGGUACCUCUGUUAAUUCAAUGUGCCUUGAGCUCUAUGAUGACACCGGUGUUAAAAUUUCAGACCUAAGUGAUAACACGAGACCCCUUGGUUUUUAUUCUCCACAAGAUAGCUAUCGGUUACAUGUUAUUGAUCUGGAUCCAUCAUCUGUAACCUCUGGUGGCUGGCUGGAGGACACCUCACUGGUGGAGAAAUACACAAUUUCUGAAGAAGCCUAUGAUAAACUUGAUGGUAAGGUGUUGAUAAAUUUUGCGCACUGA